AUGUCCCUGCUGAUGCCCCUUAUGCUGUCUGCCAUGCUGGCCGUCCAAACUGUCGCCAUGAUAGAGGUGCAUGUUCCCGACCAGCCAAUGGUGGCGCUGCACGGAAGGGACGUCACACUUAACUGCUCCUUCAGGCCCGCUGGCACCUUCAACGCUUCUGACGUGACUGUCUUCUGGCAAUUGACCGACACCAAGCGUGGUGUGUACGGAUACAGCGAAGGACAUGUUCAGCUGGUAGACCAGGCCGAAAGCUUCGUCAACCGCACUAACAUGUUCCCCAGUGAGCUAGGCCUGGGCAAUGCCUCGCUGCUGCUGAAGAAGGUGGUGGUCGCUGACGAAGGCAGCUACACUUGCUUUGUCAGAGUGAAGGAAUACGGCAGUGCUGCUUUGUAUCUGCAGGUGGCUGCUCCAUACUCCAAGCCUGUAGUGACCAUCCAGAGUGAAUCCAACCUUCGACCAGGAGAAGAAGUGGCUCUCACUUGCGUGGCUUACGGAGGCUACCCAGAAGCGGAUGUCAUGUGGCAGGAUGGGGCUGGCCGGAACCUGACGGACAAUGUCACCACUUCGGUGGUGGCCAACGAGGAGGGUCUCUUCUCCCUGACCAGCGUGCUGACUGUUGUGCUGGAGCCCAACAGCACCUACAGCUGCCAACUCAUUAAUCCGUUGCUGGGGGAGGAGGGUAACGCUUCUGUCACCAUUACAGGUCAAAACAUCUCAUUCCCCCCUGUGGCACUGUGGGUGACCAUCGGCCUCGCUGUGUGCCUGCUAGUCCUGCUUGUGGCGCUGGCCGCCGUCUGCCGCAGGAAGAUCAAGGAGAGCUGCGAGGAGGCCAGGAGAGAAGGUAAGGAGGCCAUUCGGCACCGAUGGGCAUUCUCACAUCGCACUAAUGAUGUCUCACCACCAGCUUGA